GCCCAACCGCUGCGACGGCUGUGAGCCAUCUGUAUCAGGUUGCUGUGGCGAUAGUGCGUGCGCUAACUGUUUUUCGUGUAUAUAAUGACAUCGCAUACCACUUCGUAGUUUCAACUAGCGUCUGAUUGUGUCUCUGAAAUGAAUGCACUGGUCAAUUACUCCAAAGCAAUACAGAUGACCAUUCUGUCGUUCCAUGGAGCCUGAAUGAAACGGUGCCAAUGGUUAGCGCACAUCCUCCUUUGAUUUUCUUUGUUUUAAGGUGCCUAAACGGCCAUUUGGCCCUACCGGCCACCAUAGGCACUAACAUGUGGCAUCAGUGAAAUGUCAUGGCAAUGUCAACGAAAAUUGAGGAUGAAGACCUGGAUGCUGGUGAGCAGUCAGGAGAGGAAGAAGAUGAAGAGGGCGGGUUGUCCAAACGUCGUGGUGCUGGCCGGAGCGUUACAUUGAGUAUGCUGAUGUCUCAAGGCAUCCUUCAGCAUGGAGAAAACGUUCUGUCAAUUGACUAUCUUGGUUCAAGAUUCACUGGUGAUUUACUGAAGGACGGAAAGAUCAAGUGGCGUGAAACUCAAGAAGUGUACUCUUCACCUAGCUCGUGGGCAGUGCAUUGCAAAAAGUUGUUGAAUCCAGACAAGAAGUCCGGUUGUGGCUGGUCCACGAUCCGAUACAAAGGGAAAAAACUGGAUUGGUACAAGGCUACCUGGUUCAGGAAGCAGAGGAUAAAAAAGGAUGACAGAGAAAAUAAUAUUGGGGCCAAGACUUCUACCGGGGAGAAGACAAAGUCAGGGAUCGUGAUCAAAAAGCCUUUGGCUUACCAGAAUGCACCAGGGCAGCCUACACCGAAGGAGACUCUUAUUCUAAGUCAUGGAGCUCUUGGGACUCGCAAUGUUGAUAGUGAUUUGAACACCCUGGUCAUCUCCACACCAUUCAGUGUUCUGGACCGGAUUCAGCCAUUCACAUUGACAAUAUCUACGAAUUGUUUACUACUAAUUGACUUUCAUUGCCAUUUGACAGAGAGUGAAGUGGUUGGUUACCUUGGUGGAACAUGGGACAUUGCUGCACACAACCUUUCCAUACUCCAAGCCUUCCCAUGUCGAGGAAGACUCGGUGACAAAGAGGCUGCUCCUGCCAUUGAGGAAGAGAUUCGUGAAUCACUGGAGCAGCGCCAUCUUACUGUUGUGGGUUGGUACCACAGUCACCCAAAGGCUCCACCGCAGCCAAGUUUACGCGACUGCAAUUCCCAGCUGGACUACCAGAUUACUAUGAAGGGUGAAAGUGACUCUUCAUACACACCAUGUGUUGGUCUCAUAUGUUCUCCUUAUGUGAAAGAUGAGUCCUGUGUGGAUGCAAAGUACCUUGCCUAUUGGGUGAUGCCUCCGCCAGAGCACAGACCAAAUGAAUAUGGAAGGCCAAUGCAGAUGAUGUACAAUGUUGCACAGGAUUCAUUCCUCACUCAGGAUCUUCUAAUGGAAAUGCGCCUGCUGUCGGAGUACUAUCGUGGAUCACCAGACGCUCUCAACUUUUGCAAGGACUUUGAGCCACAUAACAUUAGCUACUGGGAAAAACUGAAACGCUCGCUGACAUCCAAGCUUCCACGUGAUCUGCAGGUCACGAGUGGCGACACGCAAGGGCAAGCUGUUGAUCACUUCUGGGAAUUUGUGAAGGGCCUCAUCAUGCCGGUGUAGUGGCGCUGUGUGCUUAUGAAGCAGUCUCUGGACAACCUGAGCCGCUGGUUUCAGUGUGGUGUUGCCUUGUAAAGUCUGUGACUUUGCCAGAAAUUUACAACAUUUUAAGCAAGUACGCACACAUAGCAUCUUGCAGUGGAGCUCUGUAGUAUCAUUGGGCAGGUAGAGGUAUUUUAUCAUUUAACUGAAGAGUUUCACCAUGUGGCCAGUUUAACAGCAGUGCAUCACUUUGAGCAUCAUCGAUUGAAGCUAGUGUCGCAACUGUUUGGUGUGAUAUGUCAUGCCAUACAACUCACUCUAGCUUUUUUUUGCCAAACUAUAAGCACCAAUCUGCCAUUUAGUGCAAAUAUAUUCUCUGGAAGCCUUUAUAGUAGUUUUAAUUAAACCUGUCAAGUAUUUUAACUGCCUCUUUGUAGAUAAUUUUGAAAAUAGGCAAAAUCAUUAGUAUAUGCAUGCUUUUAGUGUAAUCAUUAUUAUAUGUAUGUAGGCCUUCAUUUUUUUCCCUUGUCUUUUUGCCGGGUGUAAAACUUAGUGCUUUUAUACAUUUUGUAGACAAUGUUUAUCGUGCCAGUUCCACUCUACUUGAAGCGAAGGGCAUACUUUACUGUUUUAGCCCAUUAUUUCAGUGUUCUUUAUUUACUCGUUUCAAGCUUCGUUUUAAAUGUUCGCAGAUUGUUUCUUGUAGUUUUAGAAAUGUUUUAUGACCACGGCAGGUUUUUACAAGUACUGCAAAUCCUCGUUUUCUUGUAUAUAUUUAAUCUGUGCCAGAAUUGCGUAUUUUUCUGUGCUGUGUUAAGAUGUCAUAGCUCAACACAACUGCAUCAGGUCUUGAAAGUGCUUACGUCUUCUCACAGCUCAAACAUAUUUUCUGAUAAAUAUUUUAAAGUUUGUUCGCUGUUGCAAAUCAUGUGAAAUGAUCUUUCACAAGUCAUCAAAUCAUUUCGAAUGUGUGUGCAAAUGGGAGUGUGUGAUUUGUGUCAUCUUCUAGCGAUGUGUGCUGUGUUUGCUAGUAUGUGUAAUGUAAAGGUUGGGCGUUUCAUGGUGCGGAAAAGAAAUGACAAUACCGUAUUUAGUUGUGCAGUGAACAGGCAUUUUUUUUCCUGGAAAAAAAAAGGAUAGGGUGCUUUGCUCGGUGCGUUCAUUGAUGGGGCCCUGAAACACUUCUUUGAGUAACUAC